AUGGCCUACGACCGCUACGUUGCCAUCUGCCAACCCCUGCACUAUGGGACCCUCCUGGGCAGCAGAGCUUGUGUCCACAUGGCAGCAGCUGCCUGGGGCACUGGGAUGCUCUAUUCUCUCCUGCACACAGCCAACACAUUUUCCCUACCACUCUGCCAAGGAAAUUCCUUGGACCAUUUCUUCUGUGAAAUCCCCCAGAUCCUCAAGCUCUCCUGCUCAGAUUCCUACCUCAGGGAAGUUGGGCUCCUUGUGGUUAGUGUCUGUUUAGGAUUUGGGUGUUUUGUUUUCAUCGUGCUGUCCUAUGUCCAGAUCUUCAGGGCCAUGCUGAGGAUCCCCUCUGAGCAGGGACGGCACAAAGCCUUUUCCACGUGCCUCCCUCACCUGGCCGUGGUCUCCCUGUUUGUCAGCACUUCAUUUUUUGCCUACCUGAAACCCCCCUCCAUCUCUUCCACAUCACUGGACCUGUUGGUGUCAUUUCUGUACUCGGUGGUGCCUCCAGCAGUGAACCCCCUCAUCUACAGCAUGAGGAACCAGGGGAUCAAGGAUGCACUGAAGAAGCUGAUUCAAGGAGUAGAAAUUGUCCACCUGGACUUCAGGAAGGCUUUUGACACUGUCUCCCAAAAAAUCCUCAUCGAAGAGCUGGUGAAGCAGAGGCUGGAGAAGCAGACAACACUCCUGUCAGUCCAGGAGUGCCUGAAGAAGUCUGGAAUCAAGUAUAUCCGGGAGUAUGGGUCUCGGAAACACGAGGAAGGGUGA